AUGGCGUCGGCUGCCAACGGCCGGUCGCCCACGACCUUGAACGGCCCGUCCUCAUCCUCCUUUCAGGGCCUCUCCCAUACCAUGGCCGCCGCCGCCGCAUCAGCGGCAGCAUCAAACACCGCGACCGCCAUGCCCAACUCGCCCGCCAGCCACAUCUCGACCGCCUCGAUCAACACGGUGGCUGCCGCCUCGUCGCUGCGCCGCGCCUUUCUCGACGAGUCGGCCCUCUCGCCGCCCGAGUUUGUUGUGUACACGGCCAGCUUUGCCAGCAUCAAGCCUGCCGCCUCCGGGCAGCCCGGCCUGGUCGAUGAGGCCGACGGCCUGCGCUACCUGCGCGACGAGUGUGGCCUCAACCUCGAAGAUGAGCUAGAGAUCCUUUCGCUCUUUGAGAGGACGCCGCGUGGGCUGGCAUCGGGCCACUUCUUCGCCAUGCUCCGCCUCGUCUCGUGGGCGCAGCAGGGCAGGACCGCCACCAAGGAGCUCCUCUUUACCCAGACCUCGCCGGCCCGCAUCAGCCACAGCAAGCAGCGCAGCGAGCGGCCAGCGCUCAUCACGACGCCCCAGAGCGCCCACGCCGCCACCUUUGGCAGCCCGCAGUCUUUCCAGGCAUCGCCCGCGCCACGCAGCCAGACGGCGGCUCCGGCCGCUGCCAUUGGCAGUGGUACGCCAUUGACUUCGGCAACAUUGCUGAAACCGCAGCAGCAGCAGCAGCAGCAGCAGCAGCGGCAACCGCAGCAAGCUGAGCAACCGCAGCAGGCGCCACCGCCGCCCAAGCCGGAGACGAAGCCCUUGCUGACGCCAGUUCGCGAAGAGGUGCCGUCCGCCUCGGCGACGCCGGCGUUGGCGGCCAAGCCGACUGCGCAAGAGUCGUCUGCCAACGCCGUGGCCUCCGUGGCUGCCCCUGCCAUCCCAUCGAUGCCUCCCGCCGUGCCUGCCAAGCCGUCGCUGCCCGUCCUGGUGGCGCCCAAGCCGAAACAUGCCGCGCCCCACAUCCACUACGACAGCAUUGCGUCGCGUCAGCAGCAUCAUCAUCAUCAGCAUUCGACCAAGUCUGGCGCCGCCCCCGCACCACCGGUACCAUCCGCCAGCGCCAAUCCGUUCCGCGACAGUGCAGCCGUUCCCGGCUUUGCCUCGUCGUCGCCGGUGGCAGCGCAGCCGCUGCGUGGGUUCGAUCCGGCCCCCAACCCGUUCAAGCAGAGCAAGCCGCGGCUCGUCAAGCCCACGCCCGUGCGCGCGUCUUCGCCCGCUUCCAACCCCUUCCGCAACGGCACGCCCUCGGCGGCCCAGCAUGGCGUUUUCCCGCCGCGGCUCGUGGUCGACACGUCGGCAGUCGCGGGUGGAGGAGCCGACGACGGCGCGUCAUCGCAGGCGAGCUCGUCGCGCUCGAAGCGACUCGACCGACUCAUGGGAUCGCCGCCCCUGCCGCCGCGGCCCGCGCUCAAUCCGCCGCCGCUGCCUCCACGCCACAUCAGCCCGCUCAUCCAGGCGGGACUCAACGCUAGCAGCGAAGUGCGCAAGGCAAAGCAGGCGCUGCCGCCCAAGACCUUCACAGUGCUGCAGAGCUCCAGCUCGCGACAUCCGGUCUCGGAGAAGCCGCGCUUGCUCAACGGCCAGACGGCGCCACCAGAGGUCCUGCCGCCGCCACAGCACCACGCCAAGCGGAGGUCGGUCUCGGGCAGCAAGGCGUUCGCCGCCGCCGGCACGGGAGGCGGGACGACCACCGAUGGAGGCGGAGCGGGCGGCGCAGAGUCGCGCAAGGCGAUCAGCGACGUCCAGUCGGUCCACCGCCGCGGCUCGGGCUCGACGCUCGAGGCCGGUCGGGCCACCGACGGCCACAGAGGGUCCGAGCUGAGCCGAUUCGAUGGCGAGGGCGCGGCAGGGGGCUCAAUCGCGGCGCCCGUGGCAGUGGCGUCCAACGGCAAACGGAUCCCGCCCACCGUGGCGCCGAAGCCUUCCUAUCCGUACAGCAAGGCGGGCGAUGCCGACCACGGUUCGUCGAGCAUACGGGCCAAGAGCAGCCUGCCGAACUGGCUCAAGGAGCAGGAGGCGCUGCAGCGAGAGGCGCUCGAGUCGGGCGAGGAGCCGCCGGCGCCGCCACCGAUUCAGCCGACCGAAGGCGGCGUGCGUGCCCGCACCGUCAUCGACGCGCUCGACGACGAGGCUGAGGCCAUGGACGGCGACAACGACGGGCGACCCGGCAGCAACCUGAACCCUUUUUUGACCAGGCCCCGCUUCCGCACCCAGGAUCCAGGGUCGGUAGCGGGGCGGGCAAGCCAAAUGGACCAGCAGGCGGCGGCAGCAGCCGCAGCAGCUGAGGGCAACGCACCGGGCGCCGGCGGCGGUGGCAGCGAAGGUGACGGUGACACCGCAGAGGGUACGCAACGGGCGGACAACGCCAACAGCCAGCCGGCCUGGGGCCACGCGCUCGAGAGCGGGACCUACGCCGGCUUCAAGCCCAACCGCGAGGCGGCCAACAGCGGUGGGCUGCGGCUCGUGCCGCCGAGCAAGCAGGCCAAGAUGCAGAGCAGCGCCGCGGAGCUGGCCCAGGAGGGCAUCCGGCCCGCCGAGGACCUGCGCUCGCACUACGGACACGCGAGGGGACUGUCCGCCGGCGGUGGCGGCGAGCGCGACCACGGCGACCACCAGCAGUAUCCGCAUCGAUCCGCCAGCCCGAGCGGCCAUUCGAGCAGCGGCGGCGGCGUCGGCGGUGCCGGCAACGAUGUGCUGUCGCCCGCGACGCCUACGACGGCUGGCGGGCCGCGCGACCUCUAUAUGCGGCGGCAGGGGUCGUCGCACACGGCCAACUCGAUUGGCAGCGGGCUGCGGGAUCGCGUGUCGGAGAUGCUGCGGCUCAACGAUGGCCCGGCCAAGGGUCAGCGGCCGGUCGACCUGCUGAGCCAGGACAUCCAGGCGCUGGUGCAGAAGCACGACUGGCUGGCGCGGGCUGCGGCGGGUGCGACGGGCAAGCCGCUGCGCGAGGACCGCACGCGGCUGAUGCAAGACUACCGCGGCCACGACGGCGACGAGGAUGAGGGCGGUCGCCGCAACGGCUACGACGGCAUCGACGACGACGACGAGGGCGACAACGACGCGCCGACCAACGACCGCCCGGACGGCGCGUGGCCGACGACGCUGCGCCGGGCGGGCUCGCUCAACCCGCGGCGGUCGGCAUCGUACUCGGCGUCGGCGUCGGCGGGGACCGCGCCGUUCCUCUCGCGUCGGUCGGCCGAGACGUCGCGCGCCGUGCCGCCCAACCUGCCGCCCGCCGGGCUGGAAGGGUCGCGGAGGUGGAGCAGCUACGUCGCUGGCAGCCCCAAGGCGUCUUCGCAGCUGCAGCAGCAUUCCGCCGCGGCCAAGGGCGCGUUUGGAGGCGUGCCCGAGUCGGCGCUCGACGAUGCCGACGAGGAAGGCCAGGGCGAUGACGACGAGGACGAAGAUGGGCAGGAGGGCGGACGCAAGUUUGCCGGCAGCGGCGACUCUGGGUGGAAGAGCAGCACCAGCGUCGCCGAGAUCAAGGCCGAGCACGAGCGGCAGAGGCAGCGGCAGCGCGAGGGCUGGGAGCCGCUCUAG